AUGGAAAUGGCAGAAGAGGCAUUGUGGCAAAGAGUGCGCUCGACAAACAGAAGGUCAUACAACACAAUAUCAUUCAAUAUUGUGUUGAAUGGAUGGGCCAGACAAAGAUCCAAAUACGCAGCACAACGAGCUGAUGAACUGCUACAUAAACUCUUGGAAUUGCAGCAGCAGCCAUCACAGUACCAUCUUCAGGCAGACACGUACUCGUAUGGGGCCGUGCUGAAUGCCUACGCCAAGAGCCAAGGUGGAAAAAUGGCGGCUUUGAGAGCCGAAGAAUUGCUCCUACAAAUGCAGGCUUCCAUGGUUCCCUCAUCAUCAUCCAAACAAGCAACAAUCAAGACUGAUGUUUGUCACAAUGCGGUAGUGGAUGCUUGGGCCGUCAGUGGGGAUCCACAGGCCGGAAGUCGAGCCGAGAGUAUUCUUCGCAAACUUGAUCAGCCAUCCAGAGUGACCUACAAUGCCUGUAUCAAGGCAUAUGCGCGUGCCCAUGCACCCACCCAAGCACAGCGAUUGCUCGAGGAAAUGAAGGCCAGCAAUAAUACAGACCUGGAACCCGACAAAAUUUCCAUUUCCACCUGUAUUGAUGCAUGGUCCAAAUCCCCAUCCACCGAAAACCUGACUUUGGCGGCACUGCAGGCCGAGAAACUACUCUACCAAAUGGAACAGGAUUACGAGCAGUUGCUCUUGGAGAGAAACGCCACGACCACGACAACAAACCAUCAAACUGUUCGUAGAUCUUUUUCCACCACAAAAAGACAAAACGAACGACAGCAACAUUCAGUAUUACAUGCCAGUUCUAAGCAACCCGAUAUUGUCACGUACACGGCGGUUCUGAAUGCAUAUGCACGAGCAGGAUGGCCCGGAGCUGCGGAAAAGGCAAUGCAAUUGAUUCGACGAAUAGAAAAGUAUUCAAACGACAAACCAAAUGCACCCUUUUUCAAUACAAUGAUCAAUUUGUUGGCAAAGAGUAUUUCGGCACGGCCCUACCUAACAUUCAAUAACAAGUCCUCCUUGACUCCACAGCAAGUGGCAGAAGUCAUUCUUCGUCACAUGAAAAAACAAUAUGCAGAGACUGGUAACAGGGAUAUCCGCCCCUGCAAGAUUACUUACACUGCAGCAAUUUCUGUUUAUGCAAGCCAUUACAAACAUGGUGUGGCGGCGGCUAAACGCACUGAGGAACUGUUACACGAACUGGAGCAUCUGUACAACACGACAAACUUUGAUCAUUACUUGCCCAACACCAAGACGUUUGGGGCCGUGUUGAGCGUAUGGGCCAAGGCUGCAUCCACCACACGCCAUGAAAACGACGACGCAGUCUCGGCAGAAUGGCUGUGGCACCGAUCCGAGUCUCUUCUGGAGAGGAUGGAAUCUUUGUACAAACGUACACAGGGGCGAUAUGAGGAGCUCAAGCCUACAUCCAUUCUGUUUAGUCAAAUAUUUCGAAUUCUGGCAAACGGGCAAGAUCCUCAUGCUGCCACUCGUGGGCUCAAGCUCAUGAAGAGAAUGAAAGCCAUGAAAGCUGACAAGAACAACAGUGGAUUCGGGGAUCAAAUACACUUGGACAGCACCAUGUAUGCAUACUUAGUGGUGACAUUUACCAAAUCAAAAGUGGAAAACUCUGUGGAAUUGGCAACUCAAAUACUGCAGGAAGUGGAAGAAGGCUACAAAGCGGGCAUGGGAAAUCUCAAGCCAACAAGUCUGUUGUACAGUGCAGUUCUUCAGGCAUACGCCAAGAGUUCAUCCAAAGAAGGGGCAAGAUUGGCAGAACAUUUGCUCGAAAGAACAAAGGAAAUGUACAAACUGGGGAAGAUCUAUGCAAAGCCAACAACUUUGUUCUACAAUGCGGUUGUGGAUGCCCAUGCCCGAUCCAAUGGGGGGAUAGAAGCUGCCGAACGAGCUGAAGCGCUCUUGCAGGAGAUGGAACAACGCGGACGAGCGGGUGACUCGGAACUGCGUCUCACGACGAGAAGUUUCAACGCUGCCAUUUUGGCGUGGAAGAACAGCAAUGCCACGGACGCGCCCCAACGAGCUGAGGCGCUACUUGGGAAGAUGAGUGAAAAGUACAAGGCCGGAGACGAACGCUGCCGGCCUGACCGGGUGACAAUCAACUCCAUCAUUGGCGUCUGGGCCUCACAGAGCCCUUAUCAAGCGGACUCCGCAGAGCGAGCGGAGAAGUAUUUGAACUUCAUGGAGAGCCUCCAGAAAUCAGGUGAUCCGAUUAUUAAGCCAGAUCGAUACAGCUACAACACUGUAAUCGAUGCCUACUCCAAGAGUCCAAAAAGUGGAGCUGCAAGGCGUGCUCAGGAUCUCUACGAACGGAUGAAAUCCAUGGUUGACGAAGAAGGAGCAAAGGAUCUGCGACCUGAUCUCAUCACGCUCACUUCGCUGAGGUAUGCUUGGAUGGCCAGCAACGAUGCGGAUGCUGACGUUCGUAGUCGGCACAUUGGAAGCUUGAUUCUUCAGGAAGUGGGCCGACAAAAGAAGCUGAAAGUUGCUAGUGCUUCCACAUUCAGCUAA